AAAAGGAUAUCGUUAAACCCUAAAACCCUAUCAACAACAAUGGAUCGUAAUUGAAAGAAGGCUUGGCACAUGGUGUUGCUACUGUGGCAUCCCUCUUCAUCAUUUCCAUGGCCAUUGCUACCUUGAAAUUCGCCUCCAGAUCCAACCUUUACAUUCUUCGCCCCACUCCCUUCCAGUGCAUCCGUAAGGUUGUCCCAAAAUCCCUAGCUCUCGUUGACGCAGAGGCAUGUAGCACCCCAUCCCCAGUUCCUCGACCAGGGGAUACGAAGAUCCCAGCAUGGAAGAAAUUGAGUUCCAAGGAGCUUGGACUUCGGUUUUCGAUGAUAGCAGGCCCUAUCAAGGAGGUUUUGAAAGUGCUUAAUGAGAAGCGGUAUGAUGUAUAUCUUGUUGGAGGUUGUGUCCGGGAUCUUAUACUAAAGCAAAUACCUAAGGACUUUGAUAUUAUUACUUCAGCUGAUCUUAAAGAGGUGUUGAGAACAUUUACAUGGUGUGAGAUAGUUGGUAAAAAGUUUCCCAUAUGUCAUGUUCAUAUGGAUGGUACCAUUGUCGAGGUUUCGAGUUUCAAUACUGCUACAAGGAAGUCAAAUCACUUUCAUCAUGACAUCGAGGCACCUAGUGGCUGUGAUAAGAAGGACUAUCUUCGUUGGAGGAAUUGUUUGAAACGCGACUUUACAAUUAAUGGGUAUUUCAUAUUAUUAUUUUCUACCACCAUUAGCGAUUAAUUUAGUUAAUUUGAAUAGGUGCGAACUGUUGUUCCUGCAGCUUCUUCAUUUCAGGAGGAUUGUGCUCGUAUUUUACGUGCAAUUAGAAUUGCGGCUCGCUUAGGAUUCAGUAUUUCAAGUGAAACAGCUCAUUCUGUUAAAAAUCUUUCUUCAUCAGUAUUACGGCUUGAUAAGGGUAGGCUCCUGAUGGAAAUGAAUUAUAUGCUUGCUUAUGGAUCCGGUGAAGCUUCUUUGAGAUUAUUAUGGAAGUUUGGCCUUUUAGAUAUACUACUCCCCUUUCAGGCUGCUUACUUUGUUCGUCAUGGAUUUCGGAGACGGGACAAAAGAACUAAUAUGCUUUUGUCAUUAUUCUAUAAUUUGGAUAAGCUAUUGGCACCCAACCGUCCAUGUCACAGUAGCUUAUGGGUUGGCAUCCUAGCAUUUCAUAAAACAUUGAGUGAUCAACCAAGGGAAGCCUCGGUGGUUGCUGCAUUUAGCCUUGCAGUUCAUAAUGGUGGAAAUUUAUUGGAAGCAGUAGACAUAGCUAGGAGGAUCAACAAACAACACAAUGCCAGGUUUCCUGAGUUAUUAGAUCCUUCAGGUCUAGAUGCAGAGGAUUUGGAAGAAGAGAUUCUGGAUCUUGCUGACUCUGUUAAAGGGACACUCUCACAGAUGACAACUAGGUAUUUGGUAUCUCAGGCUAUGGCCGACUAUCCUCAAGCCCCUCAUUCAGAUUUGGUGUUCAUCCCAUUAGGAAUGUACCUAAAGGCUCUCAGCAUUUUUGACUGCGUCAAAGUAAAUUCUUGUAAGAAAUUUUUGUCAAAGCAAGGCAGGAAAAUUGAUUAUGGAUCUUUAGUUCAAGGUGAGCUGGAAGAAAUACGGCAUGUGUUUGCGAGGAUUGUAUUUGAUACCAUAUAUCCGCUGCGCCUAGAUAAAGAGAAUUCGUAAAAGAUCAACUGGAUUUCACAGGAAGAGGGUAGUUUGAAGUGAAAAUAGAAAUUUGAGGAAAUUGAUUCUGGUGUAGGCAUCAAAUAGUCCGGCCCCCAAACUGCAGCAAAAGUGGUACUAGCUAGCCGUCAUCAACUUCUUUUGCGAUGAAGCAGUGAUAAUUUUUGUUCUUUAUUUGGGGAUAUGGGGUUGCCCCGAGAUUUAGUGUAUGUACCUACCUCAUAGGUUAUGUAGGCAGCGGAUGAAUGGGGGAAAGUUUUUCCACCGAGCAAGUGUUUUUUGUUUUGUUAUAGAAUAAUUCUUUCAUUCCAUCAAUAUCAAGCUUACAGUUUGCUGAA